GCCCGGUCUCCUGGCCGGCCGAGCGCUUACGCUCCUCGCACACAGCGCGCCGCUGUCAGGGCGCGCGGGGCGGCAGAGCGGCUGGCCGGGCAGGGCAGAGCCGGGGGCGGCGAUGCGUUGGCGCCGGCCAAGCCCUCGGGAGCCUCGUCCGCAGCCGCCGCAGCCGCCACCGCCGCCGCAAGAUGCCCGGGAAGCUCCAGAACCGCUACAACCUGGUGGACGACGCGGGGGACGCGCGGGUGCCGCUGCACAACGAGGAAGCCUUCCAGCACGGCAUCCACUUCCAGGCCAAGUACAUUGGUAGCUUGGACGUGCCAAGACCCAACAGCCGUAUGGAGAUUGUGGCCGCCAUGAGAAGAAUCCGGUAUGAGUUUAAGGCGAAGAACGUGAAGAAGAGGAAAGUCAACAUCGUGGUCUCGGUAGACGGGGUGAAGGUGCUGCUGCGGAAGAAGCCGAAGAGGAAGGAAUGGACCUGGGAUGAAGGCAAAGUGCUGGUGAUGCAUGACCCCGUCUAUCGGAUCUUCUACGUCUCUCAUGACUCCCAAGAUCUCAAGAUCUUCAGCUACAUCGCCAGGGACGGCACCAACAACUCCUUCCGCUGCAACGUUUUCAAGUCCAAGAAGAAGACCCAGGCGAUGCGCGUGGUGCGGACGGUGGGCCAAGCUUUCGAAGUGUGCCACAAACUCAGCCUGCAACACGCCCUCCAGAAUGCGGACGGGCAAGCCGACGGUGCCAGCAACAACUCUGCCGAAGGCGCUCAGGUAGAAGGUCUCCAACCCUCAGAACAAGCCUUGGCUGACCAAGACCUCGGCUUGGCUGGGUCGCUAGGGGUCUGCCUGCCUGACUGCGGGGUCUGCGAGCUGCCUUUCUCUGUGCCUGACCUGGGAGAGCUGGACAAUGGGCUCAGCCUCAAGGCGAAGGACAGCCAGGAAAAGGAGAACGGCGGUUUCCGGCCCUCCUCUGCCCAGCCUCUCGGCAGCACUGGGAGCCCUUCUUCCUCUGCCUCGGCCACCCCACUUGCCUCCCAGCACCGCCUGCAGCUGCUCCAACACCAGCUCUUCCAGCAGCAACAGCAGACGCAGGUGGCAGUUGCACAGGUGCAGCUGCUGGAGGACCAGCUGUCCGCCGAGACCACGGCCCGCGUGGAGGCCCAGGCUCGUGUCCGCCAGCUGCUCCUGACCAACCGCGAUCUCCUUCAACAUGUCUCCUUGCUGGUGAGGCAACUGAAGGAGCUGGAAAUCAAGGUCCAGCUGUGGCGUCCAGUUGAGCGUUCCUUGCAGAACCUGAGCUCCGAGCACCCGCUGUCCCUUAACCUGAAGGACCACUACAGUCUGGAAAUCAACCUGUCUUCCACCUCAACACCAGCCAGCAUCGUGGGCAGCCCCACGACACACCUAGCUUCUUAUGAAUCCCACCAGAACUUGACCAACUUGGAGAUGGGUAGCGGAUUGUCUGGCAGGCUGGAGAAACAGGAACAUCUGGCAAUUCUGGAAGGGCCUGACGGGCUCCGCAGCGUGGAGGGAUCUGAGGCAGAUGAAUGCAGCGGACCCAAUGGAAGCGCGCAACCGACUUCCAGUGGUCCGGAUGCCGUGAUGCUGAAGGAAAGGUUGCAGCUGUUUAUCCCCAAGCUGAAUCCACCUCCACCGACCUUGCGAAGGAGAUCAAGUAAAACCAUCUCUCCCAGCUCAGAAGCAGAGAAGAUUGGGGCGUCUUCCAGGGCCGCCCCUGAACCCUCCGUGCUCAGCAGCCCAGGCAUCUUCUCUAGGCCCGAGUCUGAAGCCAGGAUGCUGGGAGGAGGCCAGAACGCCAGUGCCCGUGCCAAAACCCAAGGCCAGGAGAGUGUUGGGCGGCCAACAGAAGCCCGUAUGUGGGUGGGAACAGCUGAGAACUGGGGUGCCCCACAGCCCUUCUUGAGCAUCAAUGAAACCUGCCUGCACAUCAGUCUGUCCGAGGAUGAGCUUGACCGGAAGGGGAGCUGUGUUGCUCACGCAUAGGAAUGCUUGAGGGACAGACUGCAGUUGAACGCUCUGCAAGGCAGAAAUCCUCAAAUGGAUUCACGAAAGUAACCCGCAGAAGUUGGCCAUCUCAGAAGCAGGUGUCUUCCUCCAGAUACCAUCUGAAGCCUCCUAAGAAAUGUCACCCAACUUCUUGACAUGGUUGGCUGGUUUGCAGACUGUGAUACCCUCGUAAAGCAGUGAAGGUCCAUCGGGAAACAUUCUCAACAACUUCACUCCCAUCUGGAGAGGACCUCAGUCCCAAUGGCUGAACAAAGAGCCCUGGCCAGAAAUUGGUCCCAAGGCUUGAAGGACAUCAAGAUAUUUCAGGGGCAAAGAUCAUUUCCACAUGGCCUAGAUAAUGCAACAAAAGGUUCUACCGUUUGGUCAACAAAGGUCAACAUCUGAGAGAAAGCUAGUUCUAGUUGAGCUGUGAUUUCCAGAUAUCUCCAUGCAGAAGUUGACUCCUCCUGAACCAGCAAGUUUAGAGCUGAGGGGGACACACUGGUGCCAGGAUUUUGGAGCUAAAGAAACCUGGCGUGUCCCUCCAGAUGUCUCUUUCCUCCCUGUCUCCUUUAUCAGCUGAACUUCUGGGGUUCUACUGGAGAAGAUGGGAGUGGAAUAAUCAGGAGAAAAGCUGGUGUUUA